CCCGGCUGGACGAAUCCUCUGGCCCUGGGGACCGGGGGGCGGGGUCUGGGAGGCUUUGUACAUGGCUGCCUCGUGGGAGCACCCCAAGCUCAGAUCUGAGGGAAGUGGGGGCCCUGCAGGUGGGCGUGGCACAGGGAAGGAAGUGGAGGAAGAGGUGGACGAUGGCUCGCACCUGAGCCCUGACCUUUGUUGCAGGUCAAGGUGUAUGUCCAGCAGCUGGUGGAGGGGCUGCAUUACCUGCACAGCCACAGCAUUCUCCACCUGGACAUAAAGCCCCCCAACAUCCUGAUGGUGCAUCCUGCUCUAGAAGACAUUAAAAUCUGCGACUUCGGCUUUGCCCAAAAAAUCUCCCCAGGAGAGCCACAGUAUAGCGAGUAUGGCUCCCCGGAGUUUGUGUCCCCGGAGAUCAUCGAGCAGAACCCUGUCAGCGAAGCCUCUGAUGUCUGGGCCAUGGGGGUCAUCUCCUACCUCAGCCUGACCUGCUCGUCACCGUUCGCUGGUGAGAGUGACCGAGCCACGCUCCUGAACGUACUGGAGGGGCGGGUGUCCUGGAGCAGCCCUGCGGCUGCCCACCUCAGUAAGGAUGCCCAGGACUUCAUCACGGCUGCCCUGCAGAGGGCCCCAGAUGCCCGGCCCAGUGCAGCCGAGUGCCUCGCCCACCCCUGGUUCCAGAAGUCCGUGCCUGCAGAGGAGGCCCACUUCAUCAACACCAAGCAACUCAAGUUCCUGCUGGCUCACAGCCGUUGGCAGCGCUCGCUGAUGAGCUACAAGUCCAUCCUGGUGAUGCGCUCCAUCCCCGAGCUGCUCCGGGGCCCGCCCGACAGCCCAUCGCUCGGGGUGGCUCGGCACCUGCGCGGCGGCGCCAGCAGCUCGUCGUCCUCGUGCUCCGACAGCGAGCCGGCGCCUUUCGCCCGGGCCAAAUCGCUGCCGCCCUCCCCGGUGGCCCACUCCCCGCUGCUGCACCCUCGGGGCUUCCUGCGGCCGUCCGCCAGCCUGCCGGAGGAGCCCGCGCCUCCGCCCACGCCGGGCCCCCGCGCGGAGGCGCCCGCCGCCCGGGGCUGCGUCCCGCGGGAGAGCGUCCUCCGCAGCCUCUUGUACCCGCAGGCGGGCGAGGGCGCGGAGCGCGGAGGCCCCGCCGCGGGCGGCCGGCGGCACCUGCUCUCGGGCGGCUACUUCGCCCGCGCCCUGCCCGGCCUGCGAGAGCCGCUGCUGGAGCACCGCGCGCGGGAGGAGGAGGCCGCGCUCGCGGCCGGAGCGCCCUGCUCCGAGGCCGCCCUGCGGCGGCCGGACCGCAGCGCCCGCGGGGCCCCCGGCCGCGGCCGCUCCCUGGAGCUCGGCCGGCCGCCCCCCGCCGCCUCGGCGCCUGAGGCCGGUGGCGAAGCGCCGUGCCCUGGCCCGGCCCGCUCGGACCUCCAGGCGGACUCAGGGGAGAGCUGGCCGGGAGGGCUCUCGCGUGCCAGGGACACGGAGCGUCCGGAGGGAUCCCGGCAGGAGCCGGGACUAUUUGCGUGCACCGGUGGCGACCCGGGGUCCGCUGGGCAAGAGGGGUCAUCGCAGGACAGCCGCGGGGGGCAGGCCGCGCCUUCCUUUCAUCCCCAGAGGAGUCCUGCUCCGCCGGAAGGCUGCGGCCCCGCUCAGGCUGUUACACCACAACCUUCUGGCUCCUUCCCCGCAAAGCCGGGCACGGGGUCCCUCCUGGCACCCUUGAGCUCCUUUCUCUCUCCGGCCGAAGGAAGCCCCCAGCCAGGCUCUAAGAAGGGACCAAAGGGCACCCCUGUCCCUGGGAGGCCGAGUCCCCCCAGCUCCCCAGGGCUGGCCUCCCCAGUGGGCGCGGAGCCUGGCCCCUCCCAGGCCGCGGAGCCGGAAGACGCAUCAGAGUCAGAGCCCAGCCCGCAGCGCCCUCAGGAGCAGGCCACCACGCGCAAGUUCUCACUGGGGGCGCGCUGUGGGGGCUUCGCGGGAGUAGCGGGCUACGGCACCUUUGCCUUUGGCGGGGACGCGGGGGGCAUGCUGGGGCAGGGUCCUCUGUGGGCCAGGAUGGCCUGGGCCACCUCUCAGUCCUCCGAGGAGCGUGAUGAUGCUGGGGCCCAGAGCCCACCCCCCCAGGCUAGCGCAGAACCCCUUCCCGAGGGCAGUGGGGCACCCCCACGGGCCUCCCCAGAGCUGAGCUCGUGGGAGGACUUUGGUGGGGGCUCCCAGGUGUCCCUGGUGCAGAUCCGAGACCUGUCUGGGGACGCAGAAGCAGCCGACACCGUGUCCCUGGACAUCUCAGAGGUGGAGCCUGCCUACCUCAACUUGUCUGACCUGUAUGACAUCAAGUAUCUCCCGUUCGAGUUCAUGAUUUUCAGGAAGGUCCCCAGGCCACCAGAGCCACCGUCGUCCCCCGAGUCUGAAGCCGAGGGGCCCUGGCCGGGCGCGCCGGGCCCGCCAGCCAGGUUGCAGAUCACCGAGGAGCCGGAGGACAUGGACACUCUGCUCAGGGAGGCCCCCCGCAGCAGGAAGCGCAAGUGGCCGCCCCCCUCCAGCGGCCUCUUCCACUUCCCAGGAAGGCACGCCCUGCUGGAGGAGCCCGUGGAGCUGGGACUGCGCCGGAGGCUCCUUUGCGACAAAAGCCCCUGGGAUCUGGGCUCUUCUGCCACGUGGGGAUCUCUCCACGGGCGGCUCCGAGUUCCUCCUCUCACGCUCCCAGGGGAGCUGGGCCCCUCGCGUGCGUCUCCCAGAGGUCUCUUCCUCCCUGCAGGUCUGGAGAAAGAGAGCCCCCCCAGGAAGAAGGCAGGCCUGGCUUCCUUCCGAUUGGGCCUGAAGAGCAGGGCCCGAGCGCCAUCAUUUCUGAGGGAGCUCUCAGAUGAAACGGUGGUCCUGGGCCAGUCCGUGACUCUUGCCUGCCAGGUGUUGGCCCAGCCAGCUGCACAGGCCACCUGGACCAAAGACGGGGCUCCCCUGGAGGGCACCAGCCGCCUCCUCAUCUCCUCCACGCUCAAGAACUUCCAGCUUCUGACCAUCCUGGUGACGACUGCUGAGGACCUGGGGGUGUACACGUGCAGCGUGAGCAACCCUCUGGGGAUGGUGGCCACCACGGCUGUCCUCCGGAAGGCAGAGCGCCCCUGCUCUUCCCCACGCCCUGCCAUUGGGGAGGUGUAUGCUGACGGGGUGCUGCUGGUCUGGAAGCCCGUGGAGUCCUGUGGCCCUGUGACGUACAUCGUGCAAAGCAGCCUGGAAGGUGGUACCUGGUGUACGCUGGCUUCCGACAUCUUUGACUGCUGCUACCUCACCAGCAAGCUUUCCAGGGGCGGGCUGUACGCUUUCCGGACGGCCUGUGUCAGCAAGGCGGGCAUGGGUCCCUACAGCAGCCCCUCAGAGGAGGUCCUCCUGGGAGGGCCCAGCCACCUGGCCUCCGAGGAAGAAAGCGGCACCCCGCGGCCCGCCCAGCCCCUCCCCAGCGCGCAGACCUUCGCCUUCCAGGCGCAGAUUCGAAGGGGCCGCUUCAGCGUGGUGCGGCAGUGCCGGGAGAGGGCUAGCGGACGCGCGUUGGCCGCGAAGAUCGUGCCCUACCGCCCCGAGGACAAGGCUGCCGUGCUGCGCGAAUACGAAGCGCUCAAGAGCCUGCGCCACCCGCACCUGGCCCAGCUACAGGCCGCCUACCUCAGCCCCCGGCACCUGGUCCUCAUCUUGGAGCUGUGCUCGGGACCCGAGCUGUUCCCCUGCCUGGCGGAGAGGGCUUCCUACUCGGAGUCGGAGGUGAAGGACUACCUGUGGCAGAUGUUGAGCGCCGCCCAGUACCUGCACGCCCAAGGCAUUCUGCAUCUGGACCUCAGGUCGGAGAACAUGAUCGUCACCGAGUACAACUUACUCAAGGUCGUCGACCUGGGCAACGCCCAGAGCCUCGCCCAGGAGAGGGUCCUGCCCUCCGAGAGGUUCAAGGACUACUUGGAGACCAUGGCUCCCGAGCUCCUGGAGGGCCAGGGUGCCGUCCCGCAGACCGACAUCUGGGCCAUAGGCGUGACAGCUUUCAUCAUGCUGAGCGCGGAGUACCCCGUGAGCAGUGAAGGGACCCGCGAGCUGCUGAGAAGCCUGCGCAAGGGGCUAGUCCGUUUGAGUCGCUGCUACGCGGGGCUGUCCGGCGGCGCCGUGGCUUUUCUCCGGAGCACUCUGUGCGCUCACCCAUGGGGCCGGCCGUGCGCGUCCAGCUGCUUGCAGUGCCCGUGGCUAACGGAGGAGGGCCCUGCUGGCUCCCAGCCCGCGGCCGUGACCUUCCCCACAGCGCGACUGCGCGCCUUCGUGCGCGAGCGAGAGAAGAGGCGGGCGCUGCUGUACAAGAAACAUAACUUGGCCCAGGUGCUCUGAGCACUUGGCCUGGAAGAGAGGA